GGUUUACAUCGCACUCAGACAACGUUCCGUUAACGCGACUACAAAGAUGAAGUGCGUUAUUGUACUAAGUGUUUUCGUGUUGAUAGCAAUAUCUUCAUGCUUAGCCAACGAUCUAAUUAUUGGCACCAGCUACAAUACUCGCUUAGUAUGGCAACAGAAAGCAGACUACAUGGGCUUUCCUUUCAAAAAGAGAGUUAAGGAAGUGUUCUACUCAGACCCUGGUCAACAAAUAAUUAAGGGUGUCAUAGCCAGGGACAUAGAUCACUCAGCAGGAAGCGCUACCGUCACAGCCGGCGGUGUGGGCUUCAGUUUUGUCAACAUUCGUCUUAAAAGUGAACGUGGCAGUGCGCUCAAUUACCAAAUCGAAAUUUAUGUUUAAUAUCCUAUCGAAAAUAUCUAUGAUUUUUGAACCAAAAUAAACGUUUUUGCAGGUUU